CUCUAAUCCAGCUUAGCAACAUACAUUCGUUUAAGAUUAAACAGAAGCGAAAUCUCCAGAUGAGAGCUCAGUACGCAUGUGUCUCCUCUGGAAGAAGAUGAGGACAAAAUGGCACACAGGAUGGUCUUACUUGUGAUGUCUGUCCAUGCCUUGUUUCUCCUACUGCUGCUGCUUCACUCAGAGGCUGCAGAAGAACUAAGGGCACAGCCCUUCAGCAGUGUUACCUUACCCUGCUAUUUCUCCUUCGUUGAUGGCACAGAUGACCUUUUCUUCUCCUGGGAGAGGGAGGAUAUCAAGGAGGAAUAUGAGGUGGAAGAUGAUCGGGAAUACUAUCAAUACUUUUUAACACUUCAUGAUUUCUAUGAGUUUUCGCCAAAGGUGGUUUACCAUUUUAGCAACAAUCAGGAGCAGCUAGAAGAGCAAAGCUCCCAGUACGAGGGGAGAGUAAGGGUAGACUCAGAGGCCAUCUCCCAGGGGACACUCUCACUCUUGUUGGAGCAUGUGAAUUUUCUUGACCAGGCAACAUACAGAUGCACAGCUAUCAACUCAAAGGGAAGGGGAGAAAGGAUAAUCAAGCUCAUUGUGGAUGAUGCUGAAGAGCCACAGGUGCAGUUCAGCACAGUGAAUGAUAAAAUUGUGGCUCUGUGUGCCUCUGAGGGCUGGUAUCACAUGCCCAGAGUGGUAUGGCACAACCGAAAGGAGGAGGAUCUGACCAGCUAUUCCACAGUGGAGAUCCUAGAGGAGAAGAAAGAUGGUGCUCAUCGCGUGGUGUCCACCCUGAAAUAUUCUGUGAAACUCAAUGAGAUAUACACCUGCUAUAUUAAAGAGGAAGAUGAGCAUAAUCAGCCAGUUAGAUCCAUUCACAAGAUCCCAAAGAGGAAGUACCAUCACAAGUAUGGCCCCUACUAGAGCCCUGCUGGAAAGAACUGUCAUCUGCAAAUAGGAGCCACCAACAAGGAAAGUAACAGAACACCACUGGUUAUCACCUAUAACCCCCAGCUAAAACCCCUCCAACACACCAUUGACAAUCUAAAACCUAUCCUGGAUAACAACCCCUCUCACAGACUUUGGGAGACAGACCAGUCUUUGCCUAUAGAAAGCCCCCCAGCCAGAAGCAAAUACUCACUCGCAGCCACAUCCCACCCUACAGAUACACUUACCCAGGAACCAAGCCCUGCAACAAACUCUGUUGCAACUCUGUCCACACAUCUAUACAAGUGACACCAUUACAGGGCCUAGCCACAGGAGCCACAACAUUAGGGGCUCAUCCACCUGCACAUCCACUAAUGUGAUAUAUCUAUCAUGUGCCAACAAUGCCCCUCUGGCCAAAUUGGACAGUCUCUGUGUC